CGAGCCACAACCGUCAGGGGCCGCCAAACAAGGGAAAAGCGACAGACAGAGAGAGAGAGAUAAUAUGAGUUUCGUCCCGAUCAACCCGCGUCCGUUCCUCCAGGACCUGGUCAACAAGGACGUGAUUGUGCGUCUGAAGUGGGGCGAGACCGAGUAUAAAGGGAGACUGGUGAGCAUCGACAGUUACAUGAACAUCCAGCUGAGCAACACGGAGGAGUUUAUCGACCGCAAGUUCACGGGGGCUCUGGGCCAGGUUCUAAUACGGUGCAAUAACGUGCUUUAUGUGAGGGCUGCGAAAGAGGAAGGGGAGGGCGAUAGGGAUACUAAGAUGGAAGGGUAAUCUCAUGGCCAUUAAAGGGGAAGAAUCAGCAAAAUGUGGCUAGAACGAAAGGGUUUGCCUGAGGUGGAAGCUACCAUCGGAAAGGCGAGACAUGUCCCAAUCGUCACGAAGCAGAGUGGUUGGAUGAUAUGCGUGGCAUGGCAUGAAUGGGCACCAUGCUCUGAUGAACAGACUGAGAAGAGGUGACGCCGGGCGAAACUGGCAUACGAUCAUGGCCAUGUCACUGAGAGGGGUUCUGGACGUCGUGCCCUCUAUGAACCCGGAUGGAUGAUGAGUUUCACAUUAGGCUCGCCAUAAUAAGCCAGCCCUUCAUCUGGGCCCUACAUCAGACAUGCGACUUUGCGACUGCUGUGAAGCUCUGACGCGCCAACCUUAAUCCGCGUGUUAGGUUCAACCCAUGCAUACACCUCAACCAACCACUCAUACCACACCCUCGUGUC